AUGGACCCUGUCAGGGAAUCCAUCAAGCAGGUUGAUGAAAACACAUGGCUUAUCGGUGCCCUCAUUCUCCAUCGUUGCAACGGAUAUUCUGAUACCGCGACGUGGUACGAUCAGGGUGCGUAUUCGAGUUAUACUCUCUCUGAUGCGCCCAAUCCUUCGCCUCCAUUCGUGCCCUUACCUGCGGACCACCCAACCAUUGUGCUUGUCUACGACGCCGGGGACUCCUCGGCUGUCUGGUCAUUAGGGAACAGUGCUUUUUGCAAGGUCAAAUUGCGAGUCAAAGAUACAACGCGAGAAGCUACAACUCUAGAAUUUGUGCAGAAACAAAAACCCACCUUUGAGAUCCCUAGGAUUUUACACACAGCGGAAUAUAACGAUCGUUCCUACCUUUUCCUUAGUAGGGUCCCAGGCCGCACGCUUUCCGAUGCCUGGCCCACUCUAGACGACCAUUGGAAACAUCAUUACGUGAAUUCUGUGGUGAAGAUUUGUCAAUCUCUUGAGGGCUGGAAAGGUGAUAUGCUAGGAGGCGUGGAUGGCAAAUAUAUACCCGAGCAGUAUCUCGUUAAGUACGGGGCCGAUUACAACUAUCAGCCUGAGAUACUCCAACAAGCGUGUGAAUUGAUGGGUAUGGACUGCUCCGAAUUUGUAUUUUACCAUUCGGAUCUUGGACCGGGUAAUAUCAUUGUGGAGGACGUUCCGGAAACUGGGUCUGUUGGAAUCAUCGACUGGGAGGCUGCCGGGUACUUUCCUAGGGGAUGGAUCCGAACGAAGUUCCGAAUAAGCAGUGGUUUGGAUCUGCCUAGUUCGGUGACAGAUGUGCAUUGGUGGCGAUGGGAAGUUCAGAAGUCACUUGGGGAACAUGGGUUCGAGGACUAUUCAAAGAAAUGGCAGUCUUGGUGGUAUUGA